AUGGCAUCGAAACGGCCAAAGAAGUUUGUCAAGCACGGAGUGGAGAUCACGUACCUUUGUGGGGGUGAAGUCCCAUAUGUUUGUAUGGAGACUGGGUCACCUUUCCAUGAGUACGCCUCCAGCAUGCUUCAAGCAGCCUUGAGCAGCGGGAUGAAGGCCGAUGGCCUCUAUGGCUAUUGCAAUGACUCCAGAGUUCAAUCUGAGCUACACCGAAUACAUCUGCGGCCAGCGGACUACAUGUUGGCGGAGGUGAAACAGAAGAAGUUGUCACAUGUGAAAGCUGCCGGUUCUGAGCUGAAAGAUCAUGAAAGCAAGGUGCGUCCGCUGGGCGCCGAAUCACUACUCCAUGCGCUCACUCAUUUCGGCUCAAGGUUUCCGCCUGCUUCCGGGACCAAGACACGGAGCGCCAGCAAGAAAGCUGUCGCGAUGGGCAAGACCCGAGUCAUCUCUAAGGGUUAUCGGCAUGGCACGCGCGACAAGUAUUCCAAGAAGUACCGAACCAAGGGAAGACCCGGCUUGGCCAGGUACUUGGUGAACUUCAAGCGGGGAGACUAUGUGGACAUCGUCGCAGACCCUUCGAUCCAGAAGGGCUUGCCAUACUCCUUCUAUCAUGGCCGAACGGGCAUCGUCUUCAAUGUGAAUCGCAAUGCCCUUGGAGUCGAAAUGACCAAGAUUGUGGGAAACCGCCAGCUGCGCAAGCGCAUUCACGUGCGCAUUGAGCAUGUCCGCAAGUCUCGGUGCAAUGAGUCGUUCCUGCACCGGGUGAAAGAGAAUGACAAGAAGAAGCAGCAGGCCAAGAAGGAGGGUAAGAGCAUCGUUUGCAAGCGCAUUCCGGAGGGGCCCAAGGAGAUGAAGACUGUGGAUGCAUCGCCCGAUGAUGUGGAGGUGCUUGCACCUUUGCCCUUUGUGGAGAACUACUUCUAG